CUUCUCCGACGCCGGAUCGUCUAAUCUCUAUCAUCUAUCAAGCCCUUUGUUACUUUACAUUCACUCUAACCCUUUUCUUUUUUUCUUUAAAAAAAUAAAUCAUCAGAUCUAAAACUCACUUGUUCUUGUGUCUUCAUCUCUGAAUACCAAAGCGACUGAUCACUGAUGCUUCAAUUUCCAACUCCAAAAUCCUAAUUCAAUAAAAUCUUCUUCCCUUUUCACCCAUCACAUUCAAUCCAAUGGAGCAACUCAAGACCAUAGGAAGGGAGCUCGCCAUGGGCUCACAAGGCGGCUUUGGCCAAUCUAAAGAAUUCCUCGAUCUCGUCAAAUCAAUCGGCGAGGCUCGAUCCAAGGCCGAGGAGGACCGAAUUGUUCUUAGCGAGAUCGAAACCCUCAAACGACGUAUCGUUGAGCCUGACAUCCCUAAGCGGAAGAUGAAGGAGUACAUCAUCCGUCUUGUCUAUGUCGAGAUGCUCGGCCACGAUGCUUCCUUCGGAUACAUACACGCCGUUAAAAUGACCCACAAUGACAAUUUGCUCCUCAAGCGAACUGGGUAUCUUGCUGUCACGCUUUUUCUCAAUGAGGAUCAUGAUUUGAUCAUCUUGAUAGUUAAUACCAUUCAGAAGGACUUGAAAUCGGAUAAUUAUUUGAUUGUGUGUGCCGCCUUGAAUGCGGUUUGUAAGUUGAUCAAUGAGGAGACUAUUCCUGCCGUGCUCCCGCAGGUGGUGGAGUUGUUGGGGCAUUCUAAGGAGGCUGUUCGGAAGAAGGCGAUUAUGGCUCUUCAUCGCUUUUAUCAAAAGUCCCCUUCUUCCGUUUCUCAUCUCGUUUCAAAUUUUCGCAAGAGGCUUUGUGAUAAUGAUCCUGGAGUCAUGGGUGCAACACUUUGUCCACUUUUUGAUCUAAUAACUACAGAUGUUAGUUCUUAUAAAGAUUUAGUUGUAAGCUUUGUAAGCAUUCUCAAACAAGUAGCCGAGCGUAGAUUGCCAAAGAGUUACGAUUAUCAUCAGAUGCCAGCUCCAUUUAUACAGAUCAAGUUGCUGAAAAUCUUGGCAUUGCUAGGAAGUGGUGAUAAGCAAGCAAGCGAGCACAUGUAUACUGUUGUGGGUGACAUAUUUAGGAAGUGUGAUUCAUCGAGUAACAUAGGAAAUGCUGUACUUUAUGAGUGCAUAUCCUGUGUCUCUUCAAUAUAUCCCAAUCCUAAGCUGCUAGAAGCUGCUGCAGAUGUAAUAGCAAGAUUCUUGAAGAGUGAUAGUCAUAAUUUGAAAUAUAUGGGCAUUGAUGCGCUAGGUCGAUUGAUAAAAUUAAGUCCAGAGAUUGCUGAACAACACCAGUUGGCUGUGAUAGACUGCCUAGAGGACCCAGAUGAUACUCUAAAGCGAAAAACGUUUGAAUUGCUUUAUAAGAUGACGAAGUCCUCCAAUGUCGAAGUGAUUGUUGACCGAAUGAUUGAUUACAUGAUCAAUAUCAACGAUAGUCAUUCCAAAACUGAAAUAGCAUCUCGAUGUGUCGAACUUGCAGAGCAAUUUGCACCUAGCAACAUCUGGUUUAUUCAGGCCAUGAAUAGAGUCUUUGAGCACGCAGGAGACCUAGUGAAAAGUAAGGUGGCUCAUAACUUGAUGCACUUAAUUGCUGAGGGAUUUGGGGAGGAUGAUGAUACUGCAGAUAGUCAAUUAAGAUCUUCAGCUGUGGAGUCAUAUUUACGUAUUGUUGGGGAGCCAAAGCUUCCAUCUGUAUUCCUUCAAGUCAUUUGUUGGGUCUUGGGGGAAUACGGAACUGCUGAUGGAAAAUUUUCUGCUUCAUAUGUUGCUGGGAAGUUAUGUGAUGUGGCGGAUGCAUACUCAAAUGAUGAAACUGUUAAGGCAUAUGCAGUUACCGCCCUCAUGAAACUAUUUGCAUUUGAAAUAGCUGCUGGAAGAAAAAUGGAUAUUUUACCUGAGUGUCAAUCUUUGAUUGAGGAAUUAUCAGCUUCCCACUCAACAGACUUGCAGCAGCGCGUAUAUGAACUUCAAGCAGUUAUUGGCUUGGAUGCUCAUGCAGUUGAAUGUAUUCUGCCAUCAGAUGCGAGCUGUGAAGAUAUUGAGAUUGAUAAAAGCCUCUCUUUCCUUGAUGAUUAUGUUCAACGAUCUCUAGAAAAAGGAGCUCAGCCUUAUAUUCCAGAAAGUGAACGCUCUGAGAUGUUAGAUAUCCCCAAUUUCAGGAGCCAAGUUCAGCAUGAAGCUUCAACUCAUGGUCUUAGGUUUGAGGCUUAUGAGCUUCCGGUGCCAUCUAGGACAACUCCAGUAUCACUUGCACCAUCAACAGAACUUGUUCCAGUUCCGGAGCCAUCUUAUGAUAGGGAGGUCCGACAGGCAGCUACCGUGCCAUCCUCAUCUAAUUCUGGAUCAUCAGAACUCAAGCUACGACUUGAUGGAGUCCAAAAGAAGUGGGGUAGGCCAACUUACAGUUCUGCAACAUCUACCUCAAAUUCCAGUUUGCAGAAUACUGCAAAUGAGGGUACUCAUGUUGAUGGGUCGGGCAAUGUAAACUCAAAAGCACGUGAAGCCUCUUAUGACGCAAGGAAGACACAAGUUGAUAUCCCGCCAGAAAAGCAGAAGCUUGCUGCAUCUCUUUUUGGAGGUUCAUCAAAAUCUGAGAGAAGGGUGUCUUCACCAGGCCAUAGGCUUCCCAAGGGAAGCAGCCAUGUUUUGAAGUCGGCAGCUGUAUCUACCACUGAUGCUGUAGUAGAGAAGACAACUCCUGUUCAACCACCUCCAGACUUGCUUGACCUGGGUGAACCAACCGGUAAAGAAGGCCGUUCAUCAGUUGAUCCAUUUAAGCAAUUGGAAGGGCUGCUUGGCCCAACACAACACAAGUCAAGUGCUAAUCCUGGCAUUGUUGUUUCCACUAGCGCACCUGAUAUUAUGCAAUUAUAUUCAGACGCACCUGCAAGUGGGCAGAGUGGUGGUUUCAUGUAUUCUUUGUCAUCUAAUAGGAGUGAUGACAAUCUUGUCGCUGCAUUUGCGAAUGCUACUACCAACUCUGCUCAGAGUACAACUACAGCUACGCACCCCACUCAAUUUAGUAGAGGUCCAAAUCUUAAGGAUUCAUUGGAAAAGGAUGCACUUGUGAGGCAGAUGGGCGUCACCCCUACCGGUCAAAAUCCCAACUUAUUCAAAGAUUUGUUAGGUUGAAAUUGAACGGACAUUGAAAUUCCCAUUCAGUAAUGUUAAGAGUAAUUACCAUGCAUCCAGUUGGCCGGCUAUGCAAUGUGCAGUUAUUCAAUGAUAAGAGUAGCAGAGAGUGGAGUAAUACAGCCUCCCUUCACGGUGCUAAAAUCAGGAAAAGGAUCGUAUUUGUUGCUGCACAUCAUUGUAGUUGAUAAUUUAAGAGAACCAAGGUUGAUGUACAUGGGGUAUUCCCUCGAUGAGUUUCUUUUGAGUGCUUGUUAGGACCCUUAUUUUGGGUGUAGAUGAUCUCCACAGGUAAAUGCGUUUUGACGAGCUUUGUUUGUUUAUUUGCUUCUACACCAAAUGACAUCCGAGUCAUUGUGUUGUUCUGGUAAUGCUGUAUCAUUGAAUUGCCCUGUGUCUCUUUUUUUCUUUAGUUGUCGUCUUGAAUUCAUAUAAUGGUUUUCCCAUAUAAGUCGAGGAAAUAUGAACUUGGAGUUGCCGCAGUUAUGCUGUGGAACUAACAAAUGCUCCAGAAAAUGGCAUCCAAUGCAUAUUCGCUAUUUCUCACUUUCUCAAA